UUGUUUCUGCAGUACGACUAGAGUAAACAAAAUUUUCGAUAAAUUUCUUGUGCGCUCGCUAAAUUGUGAUUUUUUACAAAAAAUGAACCGACUUUUCGGAAAAUCAAAACCCAAGGAACCAGGGCCAAGCAUAAACGAUUGUAUUCAAGGAGUCGAUGCAAGGGCAGAUACAAUUGAUCAGAAAAUUAAAACUCUCGAUGUCGAGCUGCGGAAGUACAAGGAUCAAAUGGCGAAAAUGCGUGAAGGUCCUGCCAAAAAUGCCGUUAAACAAAAGGCGAUGCGUGUACUGAAGCAACGCAAGCAAUAUGAAAAUCAGGUAGAGAAUCUUCGAAAUCAAUCGUUCAACAUGGAACAGGCCAAUUUUGCAGCUCAAACACUCAAAGACACACACCAUACAGUUGCCGCUAUGAAGGAUGGCAUGAAAUCAAUGAAGAAAGAGUUCAAAAAGAUUAACAUUGAAGAAAUCGAAGAUAUACAGGAUGAUAUGGCCGAUAUGCUAGAGCAGGCAGAUGAAGUUCAAGAAGCGAUGGGGCGUGCCUACGGAAUGCCUGAGAUUGAUGACGAUGAACUGCAGGCAGAAUUGGAUGCAUUGGGCGACGAAAUUGCGCUGGACGAUGACACCAGCUAUCUAGACGACGUGGUAAAAGCUCCAGCUGCACCGGAUAAGGAACCAGGGGCGGAUAGCGUUACAAACAAAGAUGGUAUCCUAGUGGAUGAGUUCGGUUUGCCGCAAAUUCCAGCGCAAGUGAAAACCUCUUAAUUUGUUUCGGUGUAAGACGUCAUUUUUUAAAAAUUCGUUUUUGAAUGCUUGAAGAAGUACGCUCUACGGUAUGUAAAAUAACUGCACGCAAUUUAAAUAAUAUGUAUAAUUUCUUGUUUUAUUGAAAAUACAGUAAAUGAUAGUAAUUUGUCUGUAAA